GGGGGCAGGGGUGUUGGGUCCGUCUUUUCCCUGCCGUGUCCCCUUUCCUCAGCUCGGCGUAGACGCCAUGUUGGUUGGGAAGGAUGAUGACGAGAGGCGGCUGCGGUAGUGGCAGCGACGGCGGCGGCGGGCGAGGGGUCCCCGAGAGCGGCCGGUGCUGAGGGGAGGGCUCUGGUCUCCCCCACCCCCCCACCCCGUCCCUCCCUGCCCGCUUUUCUGCGCCAGGGCUGAGUGCCUCCGUCGUGUCAGUUUUGGGAGGGGGGUCCCGCCAACCGUCUGCUAAGGGAGCCCCUGAAGAGGAGGGGGAGGAAGAGGCGGAGAAGGGACGGAAGAAGAAGAGCAGCCGCGGCGAUGAGAGCCGAGACCUGAGGCGGAGAAGCGGCCCCAGGAGGCGACUGCGGUUUAAAUCCCCCCCUUGAGCUGCUGCUGCUGCAGUUUGAGGGGGGAGGGUGCUAGUUGCUUUGCACCCCCACCCCUUUCUAUCCCUUUCUCCCCCUCGUUCGUUUUUAAUUUUAUUUUUUGGGGUGGGAGGUGCCGGAGGGGGGAGACCCAAUGUUGCAAAGCCUCUAGGAAGGGGAAGAGAAGCGCAGUCCGGCCUCUCCCAGCUCCUCGUCUCACUUUUACUCCGGGAGGACUAAGGAAGCGGCGGCAGAAAAGCCCAACAACUUCGGAUCCAGAUCAGGAGGAGGAAGGAGGUCGCUUGACUUUAUCCGCCGGAGUGCCUGUCGCACCUCUUAAUGAGGUGACUCGGACGCAGAACUAUCCUCUGAAUCAUCCUCGUCAUUCAUUAUUGGUCUAAGCUGGAGAGGAAGAGCGACAGAGCGGUGGGGGCCAAGCGUCCGCACAAUUCAUGUCCUUGUGUACUUCUGCCUGGUCUACCUGGGGUUGCCGCUGACAGGGAUCUGCUGCCAUCUCUGGUCUCUUUGGUGUUCCUUUGCUGAUCGAGCCAUUUAACACCGGUUCCUCCUGGAUUUUUCCUCCCCAGUCCAACAGUUUUACUUGCUGUGGGUCAGCUACUUUUAUUGCGGAGGAAAAAAAAAACACAACUACUCACAAUUUAACAGACACCAAAGAUCGGUUGGCUGGAAGAUCUUUUGCUGCAUGCGCCUGGCUGGCUUAUAAUUUUUUUUCUUGUUCUCUGUGUUUGAAGCCAUCAGGGUAAUUUCAAGAUGUCCAGCAGUGUCCCAUCUGAUAUGAUAAAUUUGCGCCUAAUCUUGGUAAGUGGAAAAACAAAAGAAUUCUUAUUUUCACCAAAUGAUUCGGCAGCAGACAUCGCAAAACAUGUAUAUGAUAACUGGCCAAUGGAUUGGGAAGAAGAGCAGGUGAGCAGUCCAAAUAUUCUGCGGCUUAUUUACCAAGGACGGUUUCUUCAUGGCAACGUAACGUUAGGAGCAUUAAAACUUCCAUUUGGCAAGACUACAGUAAUGCAUUUGGUGGCGAGAGAGACAUUGCCAGAGCCAAACUCGCAAGGUCAGAGGAAUCGUGAAAAAACUGGAGAGAGCAAUUGCUGUGUAAUCCUGUAAAAGCUCUGCUGUAUCUGCUACUUGUGAUGUAAAAUAGUUUUUGUCUUUCAUGCCGCUGGACUAGAGGAGACCAACAUUGCUUCAGACACCCUUAGGAAGAGCCUAUCUGUGAAUCCAUUGAACUGAAAUAUUAAAUGAACACUGUUGCAUUUUUUUUUCUAGUGCAAUGAACACUCCCCCCCCCCUCUUUACUUUUUGGUUGUUGAACAUACUUAUUGAUGCCUCACUUCUCCAGUGCAUUCUGUCUCCAGGAAAAGGUUAACUAUUCUCUUCAAUAGGAAUCAUUUUGCUGCCAUGUAAUCAUCUUUAACCGGAACUUUAACCAAUCAAGACUUCUAGAUGCAGUUUGCACUAAAAAGAGGGAGGGAGGGAGAGAGAGAGAGAGAGAAAAGAACAAGGUUGACAAUAUAUAGACCUUAUCGACACAAGCUCUAAGUAUUUCAGACACACAGAAAUGAUUCAGCUCUGGAAAAUACUAUCAGCAAUCUUUUUAUUAUGAUUAUACUAUAAUGGCCGACUGAAGGAGGGGGAAGGGAAAAAUUACUAAAUUCUACCUAAGUCAACCUUAGUGGCCAAACUGGCACAAAAAUACUAACUAAAAUUAAGUCUGACUUUAGACCUUAUAUAUUUUCACUGCAACAAACUAUGUGCCUGUAAUUUUUAAGCACUCUGUAGAGGGCUGUUCAAACUGAAUUUUUUUCAUUAAACAUGCACUCUUCUCUCGUACAUUAGUUGAGUGCUUGUUCAGACAGCACAAAUAAGUGCAGAGAGUGCAUUUCCUAGCCUUAAUAUGGGAGGGGUAAUUUCCUGUAGUUCAUAGGCUUUUAUUAAUGUGCAUAAAUAUUAGAAGACCUCAUUUACUAAUCAAUUUUAUGUCUUUGAAUAUCAACAAUUGAUGUUUUUCAGUCAUUCUUAUUCAUCUGUACCUUAGUGUCCAGUGUUACGCUUACUCAUUAGUGACUUCAAAGGAAAAACUAAAAGAAAAAGGAAAAAAAAUCUUCUGCCACAUGAUGAUUUUUUUUGUUUAUGUAAUCUGCAUUUGGUAUUAGUGCUUGCAAUUGUAUUGGAAAACCAGAAGCUGGUUUUUAAAAGCAUAUGUAGUUAGUUACAAAAGGAUGCCAUUCUCUUAUUUCAUACCGAUAAUUUAAAAAUUGAUAUGCUAAAACAAUUUUUUGCACAGCACUAAAGCAUGAGUUAGUUUCAUCUAAACCUGUAAAAAAAUUAUAGAAGAUUUUAUAUUUUUCCACUGGGGAGAAAUUCUUCCUAGUUGAAAUUACAAAUAUGUAGAAUAUAUUUAAUAAAAAUCUUAUAAAAACAUAACUAUAGAACUUAAAUAUAGAUUGGCGUGUAGAAUAAUACAAUAAUAAUCCAUAUAAAUAGCUCUAGGCUUUUAAAAAAAAUUGCAGGUUGACGUUGUGUUCCGUACUUGAGUCCAUGGCCCUUACAGAUGUUCUGUGUUUUCUGAAUGAUCAACUUCAUUUAAACGUAAUGGGUUAUUUUAUUCAAUGUUACUGCUUUGACAAAAUGCUUUAUAUGCAGUAGGCCUACGAAGAUAUUGUUCAUAAUGGAUCAAAAUUAAAUUUGUAUAGAGCAGAGUUUUAAAAACAAAUUGUAAAUAGCACUAAACAUUUUCUUUCUGCAACCUGUACUGAUAGAUUCUUCUGUAAACUAAAUAAAAGAAGAAUAUUGUAGUGCA